CAGGGCGCUCUUCCCGUGCCGUCCUGUUGGCGGCAGGGCCCAGGCAGUGAGCGCGGCCCUUGCUGGGGAGCGAUGCGGGCGGCCCUGUGGAACGCGCGGGCGGCGCUGCUGUACUCGGUGGGCGGCUGGACCAUGGUGGGCGCCAUGAUCCACUACAGCCGCAACAGCGGCGCAGAGACCGGCGGCGCGUGCGAGAAUGAACAAGACCCUCAGGCAAACCAAGGACCCAGGAAGGAGGUGUUCACUAAAGAAACACCUUUUGGAUUUCAAGUGACAACUGUAAUAACGUACAGGGAUGUUCAGCCGCCUAUUACUCGACUGCUCAGGCGUGUGAAAUCGUUCUUUGAUCCUGAUGACGGCCCUCCUUCUGAAAAUUGAGUGGUCCAGAAACUCAGAACUUUGUGCAGGAGCUGGCCUCUCCGAGACGGUCAUCCCGGCGCGUGGCACCAGGCUGCCAGUGGAAAAAUCUUCUCUUGCAUUGCUGAAAGGACAGCUCCAUCUCUGACACAACUUGGCAGAAGUUGCAAACCCUCUUGUUCUGCUUGGAUCGCUGCUGUUCUUUGCGUGUGUAUUCAAAUUACUAAACACGAACUGGAUACAACUAGGUGUGUUGUGAGAUGUUAAUGAUCUGCACCCUGCCUGGUGUCCUGUGUGCAACGGUCUGACCAGGUGGCUGUUGUGGCUUUUUUGUGAAGUUGAUUUUGCAGCUGAUGUGCAGGAUGUGCCUAGGUGAUCCAGGGUGUAUCUGGGAUGGCUCCUCAGCUGAUCAGCUCUGAAAUGGAUACUUUAAGAAGGAUUAGUAAAUGGGAGGGAACGUAGUUUGAUCUUUUGGGUUUCAGAGUUGUUCAUUGUCCUUCAAAUAAAAGCUUACAAGACAUGAA